UAUCAGCGUCCGAGUGGAUAUUCUGGUGGGAAAAAGGGGACGGCAGAAAAUGUAAUGACGUUUUAAACUCCUAUAUCUUUCGGCGUCAACUAAAGCAACAUCCAGAAGUGCAGAAGUCAGCAGACGGUACAGAUUUUUUGCUAUUAUUGUAAAAAAAAUAAUACAACCCCCCAAAAAGAUGCUGAGGCGUCCUAUACUUUGCUGCUUGCUCGUUAACGCAGCCAUGCUAUGUUAUGCGCAACUUCGUCGAGACAACCUGCGGCCAUCAAAGAAAGAUAACUACACUUUUGAUUUGCCAUCACAUUUGAUGCAGUCGGGGAAACACGAAUGCAUUCUGACGAUUUAUCAAGACCUUCUAAACGGGGUUCCGUCAACAGGGGGAUCCCCUCACCUCAAUCUGUUCUCUACGCAUGCGCAGAUGUUUAACACAGUACGAUGUCUCAAAGGAAUUCAAACUGCUGGCAAGAAUUCUCGUACUUUCUUUAUCGAACAGCCUUGGGAUGAGAAGUUUCAUCAUUUUGAAUUUCAAGCAAAGGUCGCUUCUACUCCGAAUUUGAAUUUAUUUAUGUCGUGUCCAAACACCAACGAACGCAUGUUUAUUGACCAAGUUCGAACACCGCUUCACCAGACGUUUAGCAAAGACAUAACUGCACAGAUCAAACUUCUCAAUAUCCCCGAUAAAGCCAAAUGCAACAUUACAAUAAGUUCUCCGAACGCUUUUUCUGCGUUGCAUAAGAAACAGAGCGCAGCCGAUGAUUUCAGAUUAAUAAUUCUGUCUAAAAAAGAAAACGCUCAAACAUCGCUCCGAGAAAUCGCAGCGUUGAGCGCUGCAGCAAAUGGCCGCCAUCUUGACAAAUCGCCUUCCAAACGAAGUAGUUCAAAUGGAUGCAAGAGAAAACAGAUGAAGAUAGAACUUUGGAGAAUUGGAUUUAUGAACAAGUAUGUCAUCCAUCCAUCCACCGUCGAUGUUGGGUCCUGUAGCGGGGAAUGUCGUGCGAAAAAUGUGAUUGAAAAGAACACGUCGAACAGAGGGGUCUUCCUCAGCCUGUACCAAAUGACCCUUGGCACGAAGAAAGCAAUGACAAGAUGCAUACCGGAAAAGAUGAUGAAACUGAGCGUUCUUCAUGAGGACGAAACUGGGGUAUACGUCAGCUAUGUCGGUGACAUAAUCAUUGAUAGUUGUGCUUGUCAGUAGAAUCCCCCAAAACCGAUGACGUUGAUCCUAUGAACAGCUUCAUGUAAUUCAAAGUGCCUUAAGGUGGAAUAACACAUCAUCACAAAAUGGCUGACCGCUGAUCGAAAAGACAUUUCGUUUUAUUAAAACGAUUUUAUGGAACAUGUAACUUACUCCAUAGCCGAGUGAUUAGAAUGUCGGACUUGUGAUCAUCCCUUCAUCCUGAGUUCGAAUCCCUUAGGGGCUUUUGUUGUUAGUUACUGGAAUAAUUAUUUUAGAUAAUUCAUUUUUUAUCCCCAAACGUAAAACUUUUCACUUAUUUGACAUUUUUACAGUUCUUUUAUUAUUAUAUCUUCAUUAUAAAAAAAAAUUCUGUUAAUUUGAGUUACUUUUUCCAGGUGUGUUAUUCCACCAUAAGGUUGUAUGGGACACACCCUUAUUGUAAGGUACUAUUUUAUCGAAAUAAAUGGAAGU